AUGGAGCGAAUUCUUUUGAAAUGGCCAGCGAUUACAGCGUGGUACGAAGAGCGAAAACAGCAGGAGCUUUGCGCUAACAAGACACCUACCGAAUUCCCACUGGCAAACCGCCACGAUGAUUUAGUACACGUCCUCUCUGUACUCAAGCAAAUUGGGGAGAUAAAACGCACAUGCCAUGCAAAGCGUCCUGUGCAGGUUGAAGUUCUGGUGAAACUCUUUUUGGCUCGCAUUCAGGACCUCAACCCCAACCAGCCUCUACCACACUACUUGUCGAGUGAUGAGAACCCUAAGUGGAUUGCUGCAAGUGAUCUUACCCCUCUUGCAACAAACACACGGCUCCUCCUGCGAGAAGCAUUGGACGAACGAUGUUUUUUAGCAGAUACUACAAGGAUAGCAAUUUUGCAAAAUGCUCUUUCAUUUUAG